AUCAGCAGCAACAUGGAUGAGAGAGCCAUCCGAUUUGAAUUAGAGCGCCAGGCCUGUCAGAGUCUCAGACAAGUUCUCCAGCUCAAGCUACAACAGAGGAGGAGCAGAGAAGAGUUGGUCAACCAGGGGAUAAUGCCUCCACUGAAAAGUUCAGCUGGCUUCCACGAGCAGAGACGAUGUUUGGAACGAGCACGGACUGAGGACUAUCUGAAGCGAAAGAUCAGAAGUCGUCCAGAGAGAUCUGAACUGAUCAGGAUGCACAUCCUGGAGGAGACAUCAGCAGAGCCGUCAUUGCAGGCCAAGCAGCUGCAGCUUAAGAGAUCUCGUCUAACCGACGGUUUGAAUGAUAAGAUCUCCCACCGGCCAGGCCCUAUGGAGCUGAUCCACAAAAACAUCCUACCUGUCCACUCCAGCAUCAAACAGGCCAUCAUGGAGACACAGUUUCCAAAGGCUUCAGCAGAUAACUCGUCAUGUGAUGAAGACAGCUAUGACAGUCUCUCUCCAGAGCAGCCAGUUAACCAGGAGUCUCCUCUGAGUCUGGGACCUAUGCCCUCUCCACCAGAGACACUGGCUGGCAGCAGCAUCCCAUCUCCAUCACAGGUCCCUCCUCCAGCUACCCCUGUCCCAUCAAUCUCUGGAUCCUCCCCCUCACUGAAGCUGACCAAUGGGGUGGCAGCACCAUCUGCCCAGAGGACUGGUGUUACCUCCCAAAUCAAGUCCCAGUCUAAACUUAACUGUGACCGCUCUGCCCAAAGACACAAGAAACCAAAGGACAACAAGCCUAAGAUAAAGAAGUUAAAAUACCAUCAGUACAUCCCUCCUGACCAAAAGGGAGAUAAAGAGCCUCCUCCUCAUUUGGACUCAUCAUAUGCCAAGAUCCUCCAACAGCAGCAGCUCUUCCUGCAGCUCCAGAUACUCAGUCAACAGCAGCAACAGCAGCACAACUACCCCACCAUCCUGCCUGCACCACCCAAACCUCAGACUGACCAGCAACCACCUUCCACAUCCUCCUCCAAUGCCAUGACCACCUCCUCUCCACCUUGGCCUGUUGCUACCCCUUCAACAGCCCCCUCUAAUCAAGACAGUCUCAGCCAUCAGAGUUCUACCUCUUCACGGGGGACCAAACCGGUGUGUCUACCUCCAAACCUGGAUGAAAUGAAGGUUGCAGAACUGAAGUCCGAGUUGAAGCUGCGUAGCCUGCCUGUCUCUGGCACCAAAAACGAUCUCAUUGAGAGGCUGAAGACCUACCAGGAGUUGAAUGGAGGCAGUGACACUACCUCUUCUCCCACACUAGGGGGUACCAUAGUGCCAGGGGCUGAAGGAGUAGGAAAAUCCCCUAAAACUGUUGCAACCACCAUCAGUUCAUCACAACAACAGCAACAGUUUCAGUUUCAGUGCCAUCAGACAUCCUCUCUGAUCAGUCAUUCAGCUAGUGCAGGAAGAAGUGCCACCCCAGCUGCAGUCACUGCUCAGCAUCUUAUGAACUGUGCUGGGAAUGUAUCUCCCCCAGCCGUCCCCCUCACCCCCUCUGACCACUCGCUGGUUUCCAUGAGUCCAGAAGAAACCUGCUUUAACAGCAACCCUUUGGAAAUGCUGGGCCUACAGCCAUCUUCAACUCCUCAGCUCUCCACAACCAUUAAAGAAGAGCCUUCAUGCUCCACCGCCACACCUUGUCAAUUCUCUUUAAAGGCAGUCUCUCUGCAGAAACACUGCCUUGUCUCAUCAGCUGCUCCCACCACCACAACCACAGCUUCAGCGGCGACUAUGGACAAAGACAAAAUGCUGCAGCAGAAAGAUAAGCAGAUAGAGGAGUUGACCAAGUUGCUAAUGCAGAAACAGAGGCUGGUGGAGAUACUCAGGAUGCAGCUGGAGCAUGGGAAGAGAGGAGGACAAGUUGCAGAGCCUGUUGUUCUUGUAAGAGUAAAACAAGAACCACCUGACAAGCCUGAUCUCACAAUCCCAUCAUCCUCACUUUCAUAUGAGAUGGAUGUUACCAAGGUAACCGUUAAACAGGAAGCCAUCGAUGCAGAGGAAGUUGAAUCUGAGACAACUAUGCGAUCACCAGGCAUGGCUCAUGGGUUACUGCACUCCCAAACUCAGGAGCAGAUUCAGCUGCAAAUCAAGCCAGGCCAGACGAGCAUACAAACAAAACAACAUCAAAUAAAACAACAGCAGCAGACUAAACAGCCACAACAAAUCCAGAUCCAGACAAAGAUACAUCUGAAGCAGCAGCAGCUUCUAAUACAACAGAAACAAAAGGGACAAAAGCAGUCACUGCAGCUGUCUCAAGCACACCUCAACCAGCAGUCAGGCUCCACUCCCUCCUUCACUCUGGAUCUCCUCAAGAGUGACUCUACCCCAACUCUGGUCACUGACGGCAACGGUAACCACUUCCUGAUCGCACUUACCAGUCACAUCACUGAUGACCAAAGAACUGACGCACCCGAGAGCAAAGAAACCAAUCACAUUACACUGCAGCGACUACAGUCUACUCCAGCCAAGCUCCCAAGCCAAGACCCUGUUCAGUCACUAACAGCUGAUAAUCAAUCCAAACAGAACAUGCAGCUUGGAUUCUCCAAACAACAAAAUUCAAAGGCACACAGCGGGGGACUGCAGGUAUCUGUAGAUCAGCCUCAGCAGGGAGUCACUCAGUGUUUAUCAGCACCACCAAGUCUGAAGCCUUUCUUCAAGGACUUAGAGACCACUUCCUUAGGGGAAAACACCACAUUGCCUUCCUCUCCAACCGAGGUGUGCCCUAAUAUGGAUGUCCUGUUCAGUCCUCUGUCUCCAGCUUCCAUUAAGACAGUUGCCUCAUCACCUGAUAACAAAGAUAAAGAGCAUGAAGAUGAUUUUAUUGACAUCAUUUUGAAGGACAGGACAGGAGAAAUGUCCACCACUUUCAAACUAGAACCAGACCCUUCUCUGGACCACCUUAAUUCCACGUCUUCUGCCUCUUCUUCUCUGGACCACUUCAAUUCCACAUCUUCUGCCUCUUCUCCUCCUCCUCCCCCCGUCCUGGCCGGCUGUGACAACCCACAGUUCACUCCUUCUACACCUCCUGAGCUUCAGACUCCAGCCGACAACUCAGAAGAGAAGCAACACUUCAGUAAUUGUACAAGUGGACGUCUGGAGGACUUUUUGGAAAGCACCACUGGGACACCUCUCCUUGGUGUGGAGCCUGGUGGCCUAUUGACUUUGAUUGAUGACCUCCACAGCCAAAUGCUAUGCACCCCCAGCAUCUUGAACCAUCCACCAUCUCCCAUGGAUACCUUCAACCUGACACCAGAGGGGGAGCAAGCUUUGGACAGUAUGGACUGGUUGGGCCUCUCCAUGGGGGAAGAGAAGGGUGAGGAAACACCCACACUGGCUCCACUGGGCCCUCCAACACCCACUAGUGUCUUUUCCACAGACUUCUUGGACACUUAUGACCUGCAAAUGCACUGGGACUCCUGCCUAUAGCCUACAGCAGUCGGAAAACAAGUGUCCAAUAUGGAACUACAUGCACAACAUCGUGUAAUUGAUUGCUGAGGUUUCAGUGUUUGAUUAGAGCACUCUCUCUGGUGUCUCACACACACUGGUAUAUUGAAUCUUCAAGCACUUUGACCUUUAUUUAUUUUAUUUACAAACUGCACCAUUGACUUUUGUGCACACAUCAGGCAGGUCCUACAUCUAUAUGUGCUUCUAUUUGUGCUACAUCUUAAUUAAUCUCAUCUUUCGUUUGUCACA